AUGAAGAGCGUAGAGUCAGUGUCUUGUAUUGGUCCUUGUAGAGUCACUGAUGCUACACCAUGUAACUCGGCCUCGUGCACAUGUAUUCCUGCAUUUAUAUUUUCUGCAUUUGGUGCCUGCGGAGAUGGAGUUGAAUCCUUUGAAAAGACGAUUGAUGAACAUCCGAACCUAUGUCUGUCUCACCAUGAUUGUGUAAAGAAAGGAAGUGGCAACUUCUGCGCUCUUUAUCCUAGCCAGCAUGUGCAUUAUGGGUGGUGCUUCCACUCUGACUCUCAAGCACUGAAAAGUUUUUUGGCUUUGUCUCAAGCAAAUGGCAAAUGA